AUAAACAGACUUCCUUGCUAGGAUUAAGUUGACGGCGCGGAUUCUUGCUUGCAUUGGCGCCUCGCCCUGGCUUCGGGUUGUGCGCUUAUAGUAUCUCCUCAACUAUGGUGAUUGGGCAUCCAUGCAGCCUGCCGACCGCGUGGCCCUCCACAGGCCGCGCUCAGGCACUCGCGUGUGGCCCACCCGCAGCGUUCGCAUCCCUUGCGCCUCGCCGCCUCGGCACCAGCCGCCCACCUCCUCCCCCUCCCCCUCCCCCUCCACCUCCUCCUCCACGCCUCCCGAGGUCAUCGCCGCCCGCAUCGCCGCCUCCCGCGCCCGCCGCGCCACCCGCGUGUCGUACCACUGCCCCGCCUGCUCCAUCUCCGCCGCCACCCCCGCCAACAUCGCCCGCCACGUGGCGCGAUGCUGCCCCGACGUCACCACGCAGCCAGACCGACACCACUGGGAGCGGCUGGAGAGCCUGCCGCGCGGUGACCCGCUGGCGCAGCCCCCGCCCGCCACCUGGGCUACUGCCGCUGCUGCUGCUACUGCUACUGCCGCUGCUGCUACUGCCUCCACGCAGCACGAGCUGGUGGUGGCGCUGCUGCUGUCGGCGGGGGCGCGGGAGCAGGCGCUGCGGCGGCGGGUGCUGACCACCGUCUUCUGGUCUGGCCCGCUCGACCCCGACACUGGGCUGCCUGCGCGGCUGAGUCCGGAAGCGGCGGCAGCGGCACUGGGACUGCCCCCGACCAGGGCGGCGUCACUGCUACAGCGAGCCAUGGCCGCGGUGCCGCUGGUGGCGGACGAGCUCGGCAGUAGCAGCAGUGGCGGCAGUAGCAGCAGCGGCAGUAGCAGCGGCUGCGAGCUGGAGGUGGUGUGGGAGGACGCCGACUUCCUGGCCGUCAACAAGCCGGUGGGGCACCACACAGCGCCCAUACACCGCUUCGCGGGCGGCUCCGUGGUCAACCAGGUCAUUGGCUACCUCAACCGGGGCCGGGGCGGCCGCAGGAGCUCGGCGCAGGAGGAGGGCGCGCCGCAGGUGACGCUUCUGUCGGGUCCCGGCCUGGGCCCGCCGGGCUCGCCGCCGUGGGGCUACGUGCCCGAGCUGAUGCCGCCGCCGCCGCCCUUCAGCCUGCAGGCGGCAGGCGGCGGCGAGGGCGAGGGCGCCAUCGGGCCGCAGGCGUGGGAGGCGCAGCCGCCGCCCCAGCUGGAGCCCUACGUGCUCCACCGCCUGGACAUGAACACCAGCGGCCUGCUGCUGCUGGCCAAGAGGCCGCAGGUGGUGCCGGGGCUGCACAGGCAGUUCAGGUGGGGGUGGGGGCUGGGGGUGGGGGUGCCGGGGCUACACAGGCAGUUCAGGGAGCGCACGCUCUCCAAGUUCUACCUGGCCGCUGCAGUGGGGCUGCCAGGCAGUGCCGCCUCGCGCGCCACAGGCCGCUUCCCGGCACCCGCGGGCGGCGCUGAUGCGGCGGGCGGCGGCGGCGGCGGUGGCUGUAGGUUCCACGUGGAUGCGCCCAUUGACCGGCACCCGCACAUGGCUGUGGCACGUGUGGUGGCGGACACGGGCAAGGAGGCGUCCACCUCCUUCGCAGUCCUGGACAGCAACCCCCACGCAGACGUGGGGCCCGGCGGCGGCGGCGCACCCGGACUGCUCUUCUCCGACUUUGGCCGCGCCUCGGCAGCUGCCCACGGCGGCAGUAGCACAUACCCCAUCAGUGGCAGUAGCAACGGCAGUAGCACCGCGGCUGCUGCUGCUGCUGCCGCCGGCGCCGCCAUCCCCCGCGGCGCGUCUCUGGUGGUGUGUGCGCCGCACUCGGGCCGCACGCACCAGAUCCGUGUGCACCUGGCGGCGGUGGGGCACCCCAUCGUGGGCGACGACAUCUACGGCGUCACGGGCCCCUGGCUGUCUCGCCAAGCCCUGCACGCCGCCGCGCUGCGCUUCACGCACCCGCUCACCGGCCGCGCCGUCGCGCUGUCCGCGCCCCUGCACGCCGACAUGGCCGCCUGCCUGCGAGCGCUGGGGCUGGCGGCGCCGCCGGAUGUGGCGGCGCUGGCGGAGGAGUGGGCGACGGCGCUGGCGCCGCCGCAGCGGCCGCAGGGCAGGAGCCCGGGAGGCGGGGGCGGAGGUGGUGGUGGUGGUGGUGGUGGUGGUGGUGGUGGUGGUAGUGGUGGGAGGCGGACGCGGCAGAGGACGGAGUGAUCCGGCGUGGUGCUGGUGUAUUGCAGCUCGUCGUGAUAGAUGGCUGCCGUAUUGUUUUGGGGGGUGUGAUGUCGUGGGGGUGGGGCUGUGUGAGGUGGGCGGCCGAUGCGGACGGUGCGGCCGGCGCGGCUUGUGGCAUGGGCGUGUGCUGCUGGCGGUGUGUGAGCGCGGAGGCCGGGGCUGCUCAUGAGAGUGAUUGAACUGAUUGAUGACUGGAGAGGUGCUGGCGCUGCUGCUGCGCUGCUAACAGCGGCUUUGCCUCUGAGGGCGACCCCGAGUGACAGCUCAAGGCGAGAAUGGCACGCACUCGCAGUUGCGCAACACCUCGCAGAUGAAGGUCCGCAUGGACGGCGUGCGAGUGUCAUGGAGGCGACGUGGAAACCAGAGACGUGAGGACCGGAGACAUGUGCUGCCGCGCAGCGUCCCGGGAAGGGUGUACUGUAUUCCGCAGACCCAUCC